UCCUUCUGCAUUUGCAGAAACGCUCUUAUUCCGAAGACAUUGGGAGCAAUGCGCAAAAGAGAAAUCGCGCACGAUACAGCGCAUAUGCUACUCCAAUGAAAACUUACCAAAACAGCACCCUGCGGUUUAAUCGGUGAUAAUUGCAAUUGCGGGCGCGCGCGCACGGAUAUCUCCAUUUGUACGCCGCCCUGCGCGCGCCAAGACCGUCGGGCGGUUCGCAGCCGGCGUCGCUGGGCGGGGCCCGGGGAGCCUUCCCGCCUCCCUCCGCCGGAGAGACCCAAAGAGAGAGACGGGGCGGGGAAGAAGCAGGCUCCGUGGGCGGCCCCUGCCUCUGCCUCCCGUUCCCCGACGGCGGCGGUUCCCGGGCGGCUCCGUCGGAGGGGGAAUUGGGCGCCUCUGGCUCGACGUCUCUCUCUCCGCCCGGCGGCCAUGCAGCGUCCGGAGGAGCAGCAGCCCUGGGGCGCCUUGGAGCCGUCGGGGCGUCGGGGAGCAGCGGAGCUCGGCCCCUGCCUUUCCGCCGACGGCAGCGUCUCGGCCAGGCGGCCCCCGCGCUGCUCUCUCGACGGGGCUCCGGGCGACCUGGCGGAGGAGCUGCGCGAGUUCGACGCCGUGCUGGACGCCUUCUCUCCCGGCGCCCAGGAGCGCCGCUUCCCCGGCGAGGAGCCUCCGGAGCGGCGGAGAAGAAGCGGCAGCGACGCCGCCCAGAGGGAGUCCCUCUUCCGCCUCGACGGCCAGAGUGCAGAUUCACUCUGCAGAAAUAGUUUCGGUUUCAGUGACGGAAAGCUAAAUUCCCCAGCGCUGUCUCCUGCAGCUGUGUCUACUCCAACAAUAGCUUCUCGUAAAGGAAAGCUUGGAGACACAAAAGAAUUAGAAGAUUUUAUCGCUGAUCUUGAUCGGACCUUGGCAAGUAUGUGAAACAACUGUUUUUGCAUGAAACUGGCCUACAAAAGGAUGAGGUUGAGUCUGGGCUGAUCCUGUUCCGUACGACGAAGACACAGAGGGAGACCCUCAUCUCCCAAGCGUGCAACCUGCCAUCUUACUCUUCCACUUUUAACCGUGACGACUCUUGUAACUUUCUCUUCAAAUAACAAAUUUGCUGAUGCCAUACUUUUUCGUAAGAUACAGCUUAACAUUAAUUUAAAAGUGCUGACGAAAAGAUUUGUAAUUUUAUAUAGCUAAUGUAAAUGCUUUUUUUUUUGUUAAAUAUAUUUUUGUAUGCAAAUAAAAUGCGAACUGGAUUUUUUUGUUUUUGUUUUGAAAAAGGUGGCUGUCCGCUAUUCGACACUUUCAUCCCACUCUUUGAGAAGCUUACAGCCGUUAACUUGGGAAGCCACCAUCCUUGUGACACAGAUCAGUGUGGUUCUAGUUCACUCUGUGCCCAUUGGCUUGCAAGGAUUCCAUCUUGCAUUAGAUAGCACGCUGGCCGGCUGGCUGGCACAAUUCUGCCUCUCUUUCUCAGUGCCCAUUUACAGUGACGAGAGGCGUACUCAUCUGAUAUGACAGACAUGGAUGGGAGCGACAGAGCUGUAGCAACUGAGCUUCUAUUGAGGGUCAAAACAAUGGGAACACUCGGCUGGCGUACGUACGGUAGUCUGUGAAGCCAGAUCUCUUGCAUUUGGUCUGAUUUCAUAAGGAAUACCUCCCCCCUCCCGGCAUGUUUCCUGACCCCAUUUUAAUUAAUGUAGACAUUCAUUUCAGUAAAAGCAACAUUGCGUGUUGCGCAGUCUUUCAGUAUUUGGUUACUCGUGAUGAACUGUGAGGGCAAGAAUGUUGAGCCUAGCUAUAUUCCUGAUAUAUUCCUGAUGUAUUCAUUUUUGUUGGGAAGAGGGAAAUUCAGUCGUCCUGUUCUGAAGGAGGGUUGUACCACAGGGCUAUUUUGAAUGUGAAGAUUAUUUGAGGGUUGCAGUGAGGAGACUCGUAUCAUACUCUCCUCCUGGGUUUGUACUGUUUUAGAAGCCACCUUUAAAUAAAUCACUCGGACAGCAGUAAAGGUUAGUUGACUUUCCCCCCCAAACCUUUUAUUAAAUCUUGCAGCUGCUUUCCCCGAACUGAAUCCCUCCCUUCUCAAAGUGCAAAUUUCUUUAUGGCUGUAGUACAUUAACUUCCAGAGAGGCACUGAAGGAUAUUUUCAAAAAGAACACUUGUGGGAAAUUGUUCACAUCGGGGCGAGUUGCAUUCUGUUAUGAGUAAGAAUAGAAAAUAAAGACCUACACACUGUGUUCUCUAGAUACAAAGAGACCCUUAUUUAUUCUUUUAAAUGUCAGAAUGGGGGAAACGGGUUAUUAUUGUUCACACGUUUUUGGAUGCAGCAGAUGGGCUAUUUAAAGAAACAUUUGUUUGCUUGCCAAUGUGGCUGAGCUGGGAAGAGAUCCGAAAACCGACUGACAUUGUGAGUGUAAUGCAAAGUCUAGAAAACAAGGAAUGAGUCCAAACGCCAAAUUAUGAAGAAAUCUUAAAAAAUAAAGAGUACAGCCCUUCAGGGUCUUAGGGCACAGAAGUAGAAAUGAUAAAUUUUCCUUAAAGAAAUCAACCUUCCCCUCAGGUUUCCUAUUUUGUCAUUGGGUUGCACAUAAGAAAAAGGUUGUAAGAAAUUAGUAUUUUGCAUUUUACAUCCAAUUCUUAAAAAGCCUGGUUCACACAUUUCUUUGUUGUUUCUUCAGCUCAUUCUCUUGUGUAUCACAACACAUGCAGUCUCACAUGGGUGUGUGUGUGUGUGUGACUGUUUCAGCAAACAACCACCUUGCAUUAUUAUUUCCCCGGGAAAGAAUGUUAAUUAAUGUUUGAAAUCUUAAAACAUUUUCUAGCUGAAGAUAUUCUGCUGACCCGCUUCGUUUUCUGAUGUACUACUUGCCUUGCCUCUCUCUCUUAACCCAGAAUUUAGAAUUGAGACGUUUACGUUUUGAAAUACAUUGUGAGGAUUUGUUGGGGAGGAAUGAAAUCCACAAUAUUAUUCCUCUCUUCCCCCUGCUUUGAAUUUAGCAGAUUUAACAAACUGAUAGUAACAUGUGGUCCAAAGCCCAGUGACGCAUGAAUUGUGAGGCAUCUUAAUAAAUAACCAUUAUUCACUCUUGCAACUUACUAAACUAAAACGGAAUUUCAGAGCUUGCCAUACGUGGAUGGUGGUGCUUUCACGCCAGUCUGCUUACGAACGCAAUAAAAUAUUACCGUUUGUGUCUCUUGAUUCCUCGCAUUGCCCCUAAGCUGGUUUUUGUUUUUAAAGUUUCGCAUUUAGAGAACGCUCAUGGCCUUUACCAGUUUUAUGCUAUUAUCUGUUGCCCUUCCAUGAUCAGGAACAUUGUCAUGCCUGAGUACAGCAACAUCUCACUGCCUUGGACGAUGGAAAAUGAUGCCAAGGAGUUUGCUCUGAUAUUGUACUGCUCUGGCUUUCAGAACGACUCCACAUUUUUCUGCCUCAUUCAGUGGACAGGGAAUGGCUCUCAAGUACCACUUCACUGUGGAUGGCAGAGCUCUCUCUCUCUUGAGACUUUUUGCCAUCUCCUCAUAAUUGGACAGAGUCAGCAUCGUGCUAUGCAGUGUUUUCCUCCCAACGAGACAAACAGCAGCUUCAGGAGAAACAUUUAGAUUGGGAAAAUCUGAUUUGGUUCUUAGCCUGGUCAACAAUUUUAACUUUACACGGCCUCAGAAAGUCAGCUGCAACCAAAUAUAAUGCCUCCGGGCAUUUUCUUUCAGUGUUUGCAGAUGCACUGUUGCUUAUAAUCACAGUUAGAUGUCUACACAGAGCGGCAGAAAAUCCUAAGCUUCUGAGAAACAGGGACGGCCAUUCUAGUCCAGCAGGCAUUUAAAUGAAGCUUUGGAGUUUUUAAUGAUAUUUUAUUUUAUUUUAUUCGUUAAUAUGCUUUUGCAAUUUCUAUGUACACCACUUGGAAACAUUCAUGAUUAAGUGAUAUAUAAAUAGCUGAAAUUAUAUAUAUAUUUUUAAAAACGCUACUUGUCCCAUGUGUGCAGUACCUGCAGUU